AUGGUGCUCUUUGGCUCGCCAGCGUGCCUGCGAGCGCUGCGUUCCUCACAGGUCUGGUUCGCAGACGGGACGUUCAAGAUCGCCCCGCUGCUCUGGCCGCAACCCCACACAACCCAUUGCUCCGUGAACGGAUUCACCCUUCCGUGCGUAUACGCACUUCUCCCUGGAAAAACGAAGGCCGUCUACGAGGCGCUCUGGUCCCAGGUCUUCUGGCUCCUGGGCCCCGGGCCUCCCGUGGACCCGGUGCUCCUGCUCGACUACGAGCACGCCGUACUUCGCUGCCCUGGACACGUUGCCCCCCCAGGGCUGCUUCUUUCACUUUGA